AUGAAUAACAGGUCGAAAGAAAUUAAUUUGUUAAAUUUAGACGACAAUUUGAAAGCUUUAAGCAGCAUCAGAAAUGCAAAGAAAUUCGCUUUUGAAAUGAAUCGUAAGAAGAGGAGAUCAUUCCCUGAUAAAACAAAUUUGAAAGUUAGGAACUACGACGACUCCGAUGACAGCCUUGAAAGUGUUGACUUGAACGUUACAACUUCGGAAACAGAAACGAUUGUCAGUGAGCCAGCUCACAAAAAAGAUGCAGCCACAGCAGAAACUAGCACUAACAACAACAACCACACAGGAACAGUGGGGACAGGAACUAAUACUCUGUUAUCUGCAGCCAGCAGCAGUGCCCAUCUUUCCAGCAACAACCUUACAGCUGAUGACGAAGAUGACAAAGAAUGUUCUCCAGAGAAAAAUAACGUACUGAAAGCGGAGAAUAAAAGUGAACUUAGGGAUGCAUUCAUGCUCAAUAAAGUGCCUCUACCAACUUCGCCAAAAUUACUACAGUGCCUUAACAACAGCAGCAGUAACAACUACAAAAACAGCAGCAGUAGCAGCAACAAACGAAUGUCACUGCCAAUCAACUCAUUGACAAAUCCCACAGGCACAAACAUCCCAAACCACCUUCCAACAAGCAACGACAGCACAUUUCAUCAUGAACAAAAACUUUCUUGCCAGUUGAAUCAGAGAAAUUGCCAAAGUUUUGAUGAUUAUGCAGCUCACGAUGACACAACAUCUGGAGCCCAUCACCGUAAUAGUGUUUUCAAUGAUUUGUUGUUUGAGAUCUAUGACAGAUGGCACUUUGGCUGCAAGGACAGCAUCGACAGUGAUACAUUCACUGACCUGACUGAAUCAGACGUCUUCAUUAGUAGGAACGAUAGCGAGAGAAUCAAUGAUGACAAAGGUAGAUUGAAUGUGGCCAACCUCAUGAUUAAAAGUAAAUUAUAUUUUAAUUAA